AUGAUACGAUGCACACAAGUGACCCUCAUCGACAGAGUCCGACACCGCAUCCUGGGUCCAGUUCGUCUUCGCAACCUGCUGGACUCCGCCUCGAGGCUGGACUGGUUCGCGUUUUGUCAGCCUCCCCGGGCCGAAGGCAGGUUGCCCGCCGAGGCUGCCGAAUAUAUCGCCAAUGUAGCUACAGUCGAGUCAGAUGACGUUCAACCAGAGCGGAUGGGGCGUGCCGAGCGGAAGCGCGGCUAGGAUGUGCUCUCACUUAUUUGGCUUGACUCCUUCCUUGAAUUUGCUGUCCCAGGCGUCAAUGAUCCCCUUGGCGAUCUAGAUGCCGGCUUGGAAGAGGUUGUCGAUGGAAGCCAUUUUGAUGGAGGACACGGCCGGUCCAAAGCAUCCUUGCUCAAGGCGAUGCGGUUUAGGGCACCCACGGGGUGACGCCAGAGCCCGGCUGAAAUCGAC